GUCUCUGAGGUAUAACCCUAGGGUUUUUCUCUCUCUACAACUGUCUUUCUCUCUUGGUUUUUUUUUUUUUUUUUUUUUUUCUCAAUUUCUUGUCCCAUGUUUUCAAUGUACCACUGCUUUGAUCCAACUCCACUUUCUCGCUCAACACUUCGCAAAUUUUUUUCUGUCAUUAGUAGUGGUGUCUUGACUCUGUGAUAUUGGAAAACUAAGAAAAUGACCAAGAAGAAGAAUCCAUUGGUCUAUCUAGAUGUGUCUAUUGAUGGAGAUCCAAUUGAAAGAAUGGUUUUUGAGCUGUUCUCUGAUGUUGCUCCCAAGACUGCAGAAAAUUUUCGUGCACUCUGUACAGGUGAAAAAGGAAUCGGUCCCAAAACUGGAAAGCCACUGCACUAUAAAGGGUCCUUCUUCCAUCGCAUUAUCAAAGGAUCAAUGGUUCAGGGUGGCGAUUUCCUUAGACGAGAUGGAAGUGGUGGUGAAAGCAUAUAUGGUGGAAAAUUUCCAGAUGAGUCACCCAGGCUAAAGCAUGAUGGACCUGGCCUUCUGUCUAUGUCAGUUGCCGAUCGGGACACUGUUGGUUCUCAAUUUAUUGUCACCUUCAGUGCUAAUCAUCAUCUUGAUAGGAAGUAUGUAGUAUUUGGAAAGCUUGUACAAGGACAUGAAGUUUUGAAGAGGAUAGAAAGUGUUGGUGAUGAGGAAGGGAUACCGACUGCAACAGUGAAAAUCAUUUACUGUGGUGAAAUUCCCGAGGAGAAAAGGAAAUCAAUCAAAUCCAAAAUUGGAAAAGAUGCUUCUUCUGAUGCUAAUAGUCAUGAAGUGCGGCGGAGGGAGAAGCACAAGAGAUCUUCAAAAGAAAGAAGGAAAAAAAGAAGAAGAUACGAUACAUCAGAAUCAGAGUCUCUUUCUGAUACAGACACUGAAUCAUCUGAAUCUGAUAGUGAUUCUGACUCAGAAUCAUCUUCAUACAUAAGUUCUUCAAGUGAAGACAGACGGAAAAAAAGGAAGAGAUCUAAGAGAGACAAAUAUAGACGUGGAAAAAGAAGGGAUAAACGACGUGACAAAAAGCGCAAGAGACGUGAUAAGAAAUCAAAGCGCAGAUCAAAAAGGUCAUCGGAUAGUCUUACUGAUGAGGAUAGCAAUGGUAAAAGUGGCAGUAGCUCUGCUGAUGAUGGCACUGAUGUUCGAGGGCCAGAUUGCAACCCUAAAAAACCUCCUCAGCUAAUAGCAGGAAAUGGAUCUCCUGUAGUUGAGGACAGAGAAGCUGUUUCCACUCGUCAUAAAAAGGGGGAGGUGGCUGAUGUGCUUGAAAAGGAAGAGGGUGAAUCACCCAAGGAAAACGGAGAUAGGCGGAGCAAUGGCAUUGAAGAAGUCAAAUCUGAUAGAAGUGCAGAAAGACAACCUGAUGUUGUAGAUGAUCACCCAGGAAAAUCUAGGAGCCGAAGCAUGAGUCCCAAAAGGACCAUGAGUAAGAGUAUGAGUAUUAGUCCAAGGAGGAGUCUGAGCAAGAGCCCAAGUGUCAGCAGGAGUCAAAGUGUUAGCAGAAGCACUCCCCGCCCACCAAGAAGCAGAACUGUGAGCAGGAGUCCAAGUGUUAGUAGAAGGGCCCCACUGAGAAGCAGAACCGUGAGCAGAAGCCCAGCUCCAGCUAGAAGUGAUAGCAGCGGGAGCCCAGCUAGAAGCCUCAGCAGAAGUCCAGUGAAGGUCAGUAGAGGAAGAAGCUUCAGUAGGAGCCCAGUGAGGACCCGAACUCGGAGGAGCAUUAGCAGGAGCCCGGUUAGGUCACUGUCUCGAAGAAGUCCAAGCAGGAGCCCACCAAGAACCUCAUCAAGAAAAUCAGUUAGCAGAAGCCCUGUGAGGAUUUCAAAAAGUGGUGUCAGCAGAAGCCCUAUUAAAUCCUCCCGGAGAAGCAUUAGUAGAAGCUCUGGCAGAGCUCCUUCAAGGAAAAGUGUGAGUCGAAGCCCAAAUAGGGUGCCUAGCAGGAAUAAUCGUCGCAGCUAUUCUAGAAGUCCUGCAAGCUCGGGGCGUAGGGCAAGGUCACCUGCUUCUGAUCGUUCAAGGACUGUGUCAAGAAGUCCUUCCCCGGAUGGGUCCCCCAAGCGCAUCAGAAGGGGACGGGGUUUUAGUGAGCGAUACUCUUAUGCACGGCGAUACAGGACUCCAUCUCCAGAUCGUUCUCCAGUACGGUCAUAUCGUUAUAAUAACAGAAUUGACCGUGACAGAUAUCCAUACAGGAGGUAUGAUCGAUCACCCAGGCGUUAUAGAAGCCCACCAAGAGGAAGAACCCCUCCUAGAUACAGAGGCAGGAGAAGUAGGACGCGGAGUCCAAGUGCUUCACGUAGCCCAAUCCGCUACCGUAAACGACGUUAUAGUCGUAGUCCUGUUCGCAGUCGAUCCCCAGUUGAGCCAUCUAGAUACCGUGUCUCCCCUCGCCCUGAGAAACGGAGGUCACCAUCUAGGAGCAGAAGCCCAUCAGCAUCUAGAUCCUCACUGGAUUCCCAGUCGCCCAAGAAAGCAAGCAAAGAUGAGUCAAGAUCAUCUUCUGAAAGUCCAUCUGGGAAGAAGGGCUUGGUUUCAUAUGGUGAUGGGUCUCCAGAUUCUGGGCAAAGGUGAGAGAAUGUAGUAGUGGCUGUUGUAGAGAUGGCUGUCUUUGUUGUCUAGGAUGAGGGAGCACUCGCGGUUUUUGCCAACUGGGACUGUGGUCACUGUUUCUUUUUGUUGUUAUUAGAGCGUAUGGGCGGUUACCGGAUUUUCAGACUUUGGAUUUAGAUUUAGCUAUUGGCUUGUUUUAUAAUCAAAUAUGUUGAAUAAUGGUAUUACUGGGAUUAUAUUAGAUCAGCAUCUGGGAAUAUGGAUAUUCUCCAUUUUGUAUGGUUCUUUCCUUAUGGUGGUCUAAACAAAUUUGAGGUGUUGAGAUCUCC